AUGGCGUGCAGCUGUCAAGCGUCCCUGUUCUCUCUCUCUCUCCUCGCCGGCUUCCUUCAGGUCCUCAGCCAAGGAGCAGUCUUCAGCGGGCGGCGGCAGGCCGACGGCGUGUUCCUGCGCUCCAAGCGGGCGAACUCGUUCCUGGUGGAGGAGAUCCUGCAGGGGAACCUGGAGAGGGAAUGCUACGAGGAGCUCUGCAGCUACGAGGAGGCCCGCGAGUACUUCGAGGACACCGCCAAGACGGACGCCUUCUGGACAGUUUACUACGAUGGUGACCAGUGUAAACCCAACCCCUGCCUGCAUGAUGGGAACUGCACUGACAAGAUGGGGGGGUUCCACUGCUCCUGCAGCCCCCCCCACUACGGGACAGUGUGUGAACUAGAGCCUGCAGAGUGUCCCACUGAAGGUCCUGCAGCGUGCCAUCAGUUCUGCUCGCUGUCCUCAGACUCCUUCAGCUGCUCCUGCACAGCGGGAUUCAAACUACAGACCGAUGGAAAGAGCUGUCUACCUGAUGUCAAGUUUCCAUGUGGACAAACUUCUUCUUCCUUUGAUGAGCUCUACAGGACCAGGCCGACCUGUCACCAUGGAAACUGUCCCUGGCAGGUGUCCGUGACAGACAGCAGGGGGGUGGAGCUCUGCAGGGGGGUGGUGCUCGGCCGGCGCUCUGUACUGACCGCCGCCAGCUGCCUGUUCCUGAGCGCCGACCCCGACCGGCGACCCUCCAGCCUGCAUGUCGUCACCGCCGUCGUCCUUCCCGUUCAGUCUCUGUACAUGCACAGCCGCUUCCGCAGAGAUCACCAUGACAACGACCUGGUCCUCCUGCAAUUGGCCAGACCCCUGCCCUUUGGCCCCGCCCUCUUCCACGCCUGCCUGCCUAUCAAAGAUUUCAGCGAGAACGUCCUGAUGCGUUCUGGGAGGGGGGGGCUCGUCGGGGGGCCGCAAAGCGGCAGGGUGACCUACCUGACGCUGGACGAGUGUCGCAGCCAGCUCGACCUCUCUCAUCCAAUCAGCAACAAGAUGUUCUGCAUGAGGGGCCAACAUGAAGCCCACGGGAGCCAAAAUGACCCGCAGGGCCGAGAUGGAGGCGUGGGCCAGAAUGAAACUGAGAGGCACAUCGGCACACGGGCACAAACAGGAAGAGCGCACCGGGACGAAUCUCAGGGGAGCGCAAACGGAGCGCCGGUCAGCCAACAGAGCCAAAACAAAACCCAAGGCAGCCAAAAUGGCACACAGAGCCAAAAUGGAGCUCCGCAGAGCCAAGAUGGCGACAAAGCACCCAGGAACCAAAGCAGAUCAGAGAGUCAGAGCCCGUCAGAGUCAGAGGUCAGGCGAGAUGAUCUGUUGCCAGGGACGCCAGUCGCCACGGAGCACAAAGGGACAGUGUUUGUGACGGGGCUGCUGAUCUCCUCGCACGCCGGGCGGGGCGAGCGGGGUGGGCGGGGCCUGGUGUUUACCAAACUGUCCCGCCACCUGGCCUGGCUCAGGCAGAGGCUGGAGCUCACCGAGGAUCACAUGACCUCGCAGGUCAGCCAGCUCCCUGAGCACCGCUGA